AAUUAAUUAGAAUAAAACGAAUUUAGAGUAAUAUCAACCAUGUUCUUCUUACAACAAGGUCUAAAAUCCUUUGUGUAGAAAAUGUCUCACAAAGAAAAUCGCAGCAAUUCGUUACUAGGACUGAAAGACAAAAUACAGUAUUUAAGUGAUAAAUGCGGCUUACAAUGGCUCGGAUACGUAUUUACUCCGGCACCUACACCAUUAUUUAAAAGAUUAUUCUGGCUAGCAACAAUAACGGCUUGCUGUGCUUGCUCCGCCGUGGUUCUUCGAGGUGCCCUAGCAUUGUACACGACUGAUGCCGUCUCCUACUCCGUGGAAACUGACUACCUGGAGUGGGACACCCCCUUCCCGGCUCUGACGGUGUGUGAGGAAGCUAAUCCAGCGUGGAUUAAGAAGUAUUUGGUGCAGAACAAUCUGCCAGCAUCUUUAGCCACUUUUAGUCAAGAAGUGAGUUUCCGAAGCGUCAAGUUCUGUCGCUCAUGUGUCUCCUGUGAAAUGGGCAAGACUUGUGUGCAGAACUUUUUAGAACUCGUCAAUGGAAUAAGGAAGAAAUGUGAUGAGCUACUUACUGACUGCUGGUGGGAUGGCAAACAUUUCCCGUGUUGUGAAAGGUUCCACCCGAUAGCCACAGAAUUCGGUAAAUGUUUUGUGUUCAACUCUCGUUGGACUGGUGAUGAGAACAUUAUCAACAUCAAUAGACAGACUGGUCUCCCAAGUCUGGUGUUUUCUGCAACACAGUCUAUUAAUAUAUGGAUACACUCUCCCGAUGACAUGAUAACAAUGGCCUCUGAAAAUAUAUUGGGAUUCUGCGGCACUCUACAUCGAAUUACUGAUUUUGAGGUCACUUUAAAGGCAGAGCACACAAUAAGUGACGUCUCGGUCCAGCUCCUCUCGUCAUCCAAUCGCGACUGUUUGUUUACUCACGAGCGGCCAGAGUUUGCCCACCUUUGGCCGUUUGCCCGCUACUCGUACAGUGCCUGCAUUAUGUAUAGCCGGGCCUUCGUGCAGGCUGAAGCUUGUAACUGCACUCAUCAUUUUAUGCCUCAGAUUGGCAAUAUACCAACAUGUGAUUUUGAUGGCUUAGUCUGUCUUCAUAAAGCUAAGAAAGAGGAUUUGAGCACUGAGCAAUACCAUUGCCCAAUGGCUUGUGAAGAAAUUAUUUACACUGAUAUCCAUGUCGCUUGUCCUCGUCAAUCAAGCAACGUGCCUGAAGAGCUACUCCGCCGUGGCACACGAGGUCGUGUGAGCCUCGCCAAUCACCCCAGCCUGAGGGUACGGCGACAAGCCAUCAGGGAACUACUCGGCCUCGUUGCGGCCCGCAGUCUGGAAGUAGGUACGUGAUUGAUUUACCCGUGCAUCGGAGAGCAUGUUAAUGUCGGCCCUGCGCCUUAUCUCUCUCCGGUCAUGUCGGAUUAUCGUCCCAUCGAGCUAUGAGAGUGAAGGAAUAGUGAGUGCCCUUCUGUCUGUGCAAUUGCUUGUGCACUAUAUAUCCUAUCCUACGCAGCUGGCUGAUCUCCUGAUAUAAGAACAGCCGGUAGCGUGGCCGAAA